AUGGCCGUACCCGAUCGCCCUCCCAUCAGUGAACCACGCUCUCGACAGAACGCUGCCGUCGCUCGGUCGGCGCAGCGCAAGCAAGCCAGGCCCGCCGGGCCGCCGCAAGACCGCCGCUCCGUCGGCGACGUCACGACCGCAGGCCGGCCGCCGAAGGCGAGCGCGGCGCAGAGCGGCGCGAAGCAGCUGCCUCCGAGCCGCCUCUCCGUCGGCGAUGUGACCAAGAAGCCGCCGCCGCUGUCUCGCUCGCGCACCGAGGCUCUCGCAGAUGAGCAGCGCCGCCACGGCCGGUUCGCCACUGGGCAGAUCAUUCGCCACAGCCAGGCGACCGACGCCGAAGGAAUCAAUCAGAUGAACCAGCCGGCGCCCGUGUCUAUCACCGUGCUGCAGCGGCUCGAGUUGAUCGCAUUCCAGCCGUCCAACGACGCCGGCUGA